AUGAACCAUUCAACUGUUAAUAUCCUUACUUUAUGCGAUGAGAUGUUGCUUGUUAUUUUCAACAAACUCAAUAAUAUUGAUGUAUUAUAUUCACUCAUAGGAGUCAAUCGAAAACUCGAUAGAUUGGCUCGAGACAUUACUUUUACACAAUCUCUUGAUUUAGUAACAAUAUCAUCCAAUAAAAAUAAUGACUCAAGAAAUAAGUCAAUACUCGAUCGAUUUUGUUUUGAUAUUUUACCUCGAAUUCAACAUAAUAUUGAAUCUCUUACUCUUGAUCCAUUGUUAAUGGAUCGUGUUCUUCGCAUUGAAAAUUAUUCUAAACUCCAUAAAAUUAAUCUUGUUAUUUUUCAACUUGAAGUGGCAUCUCGCAUUCUUAAUGACGAGUCAUCAAUUAUUCACAUCUUUAAAGAUCAAAUUUCGCAUCUUACUGUUACGAUUAAGCAUGACAGCAGAGCUGUACAUCGAAAGAAAUUCUUCAAAAAUGUUUUUAUCACUGUUUUCAUUAUGUUUAUAAAUCUAACUUAUCUUCAUUUCGAUGUAAAAGACAUGUAUCUGUAUUCACCAAUAUCACUUAUUGAUUUACCGUCUACAACAUGUUAUUCAUCAAGCAUUGUCUAUUUGAAUGUUAGCGUGCGCAAUUUUGAUGAUUGUCUUUGUUUACUUGAUGGACGUCUUAGUCAAUUAUAUACACUUAUUGUCAAAGUUUAUCUUAUUCAGAAUACGUCAAUGAUUAUCAAUAAUACGAAAACUCUAUCGAAUUUAAAAUGUUUCUCGUUGAUUUCAUUUCGUCGAACAAUUGCAAUUGAAUAUGAUAAUCAAAUUUUGCCACUCCUUCGUCAAAUGUCACAAUUAGAAAAACUUACAUUAUAUCUUAUUGUUCGUAAUCGAAUUUCAUUUAUUGACGGCACUCAUCUAGUUAAUGACAUCCUUAGUAAAAUGUUAUAUCUACAUACGUUUAUCUUCAACAUCAUCACUGGAAAUGUCAUAAUGGAUGCAAAAUUUUUACCAACACCUGAUGAUGUUGUACGUCCACUCAUCGAAAAAGGAUAUAAUGUUAACUGUUAUACUGACUAUAGUGAUUUUAGCGAUGGUAAAUGCCAUAUUUAUUCACUUCCGUUUACUAUGGAUCGCAUGCAUAUACAUUCUAAUAAAUUUGCUGGUGGUUUAUUCAUGACUGUUCGUUACCUAUAUCUACAAGAUUAUGUUCGUUCAUUUGAACAUGAUUUCUUUGCUGGAAUCUCUCGAGCUUUUCCAUUACUAGAUAGAUUGAUGAUAUUUAAUCUAACUGAACAAAAGAAAUUAACACAUCAAGAUGAACAAGAAACAUUUUCGAUUAUUGAAUUUUCUCAUCUUACCUUACUCGAUCUCACUAUGUGUUAUAUCGACUAUGUGAAACAAUUUCUUUUCGAUUUCAACACACGUCUACCUUGUCUUAAGACGUUAUAUAUUAAAUAUGAAGACUUGAUGAUCGUAACAGAAUGUUUCACCAACAAUGCUGCUCGUGCUAACUGCUCAAAAGUGGAACUUAUUAUCUUUGUUUCAAAACCAAUGAUAUAUCCAGAAAACUUUCACCUUUAUUUUCCUUUUGUUGUAAAUAAAAUUUCUUCUUAA